GAGUUCUUUUGCCAACCGCAGGCAGCGCAGAAGUCGAUUGCACUCCCAGCGCAGCAUUGAUAUAAAAGCGAAUAAGUGAUACUUUUGGCCGGCCAUUUAGAUCUUUGCAGCAAACGGAACGGUCGCGUGCCAGAAGGAACGUGUGAGCGUACGAAACUUCCAACUUCGAGCCAAAUGAGACAAAUAGCGAGCACUGCGGUGGUGCUUUUGCUGGCGGUAGUGGCUCUGGGUCAAGGCUACAGCGGAGUACCCCGCACUUACAAUCUCGAAUCGGAAGAAGACCGCUAUGGGAAAUACGAACGAGUGUUGCUGGGACUGAAAUCGUCCGAAGGGCUGAACCUUGACAGUAAGGUUCUGGACAAAGUAAGAGAUGUGAUUUUUGAGGAGGAAGCAGCUAUGCCGAUGCGAACUGGCGAACGAUUGGUGGCCAUCCAUUUGGGGAAACCGAAGCAGUCACGAGAAGUGGCACAGCUGCAGUAUAAGAAUAGAAUAAGAUAUUGAUGCUAGGAGGCUAAGCUUUACUUGUCAGUACAAAGUUUUCACUGCUUCUUUAGAACCAAAAUUACAUUUUAGACUGAUAGUUGUUUUUUUUCUAUAA